CUUCCUACCAUCUAAUCUAUAUCUCUCAUCUUUUAGUUUAAAAUUGUUCCCCCUUGUCCUAUUACUAUCUACUCAUGUAAAAAGUCACUCUCCCUCUUUUUUUUAUAAGCCCCCGCUAGGUACUAAAAGCUUUCGUGGAGCAUUUGGAGCCUUCUCCACUCCAGGCUGAAUAACCCCUGUUCUCCCAGCCUAUGUAGGAGAGUGCUUAGGCCUCUGGAUUGUCUUUGUGACCUCCUCUGGAUCUGCUCCAAAAGAGCAGAUCAAAAAUUUCUUUCUUGUUUUGCAGACCCCAGAGCUAGACAAAAAUCUGCAGGUGGGAUUUCUUGAGAGUGAAGUAGAGGGGCAGGAUCACCUCCCUUGACCUGCUGCCCACGCUGCUUUUGAUGCAGCCCAGGGCAUGGUUGGCUUUCUGAGCUGAGAGUGCACACUGCCAAGUUGUGUCCUGCUGCUCCUCAGUCAGCAGCUGCAAGCCUCUGUCCUCCUCAAGGCUCGCUCUCCACCCGUUCUCUGCCCAGCCUGUAUUUGAGCUUCACUGUCCCAGGUGCAGCACCCUGCACUCGGCUGUAUUGAACUUCACCCAUGUUAAGGUUCAUCCAGGCCCACCUCUCAAGCCUGUCAGGGUCUCUCUGGAUGAUGCCCCUUUCCUCCUGCUUGUUGGCCACCCCACAGAGCUUCAUGUCAUUGACAGACUUGAUGAGAGUGUGUUAAAUCCAUGUCACUACCAAAGAUUUUAAACAGCCGUGGUCCCAACACCAGUUCCUGAGGGAUGCUGCUCAUCACUUGUCUCCACUUUGACAUCGAGCUGGACAGCUUGCAACUCAAACGAGUGCAGCCAUGCAGCCAGUUCCUUAUUCACCAAAUGGUCCAUCCAUCACAUUCAUGUCUCUCUCCAUUUUAGAGUUAAAGGUGUUGUGCUGAACAGUAAUAUAUCAGUCACAGGGACUGAUAAAACUAAUAGCCUGUAUUUGCCACUCAGGAAUUUAAAGUUCUAUGUAGAAUGGUAGAAUUGGGUCUCUUACCUUGAGAUGUUCUGAAUAUUUAAAUUUGUUUGGAGUUCAUUACUCUUUAACCCUUCUAAAUUAACAGGGCUGAAGAUACUUUUUGACAGUUGGUGAUGCUCUUAGCUUGCCUUGAGUAGACAGAGAGACCUAACUUCUAAUUGGAAUGGUUAUAAUGGGCCUGAGUUGAAAACUGUGUCACAGACAGAUGAUAUUCAAGUCUAGACGGUUAAUCCUGUUUUAAAUAUUGGUUUAAAGAAGUUUUUCAAUAAGGAGUGGUUUUAGUCAGUUCUGCUUGAACUGAAGACUUGAGAAUGACAGCAACUUAUAUAUAACUUUUGAGGAACGUACAGAGUGAUUAUAUGUGUCCUUUGAUUUCCAAACCUAACAUUCUAGAACUGUGAAAGAAACAUGAAUACUUUAUAUAUAAUUCAUAAACAAUACAGUAGUUAUUUCACUGGUGAUAUGGGUAAGGUUCCUCCCUCAAAUGCUUACCAAGUAAUUACACUGAUUGCUUUUUUCGUUUGCUUCGGAUAGGAGCAUUUGAUGCGAAUCUUUAAUAUCUUUAAUAUUAUGAAUGAUUUUUAUGAAUGACUGUGUUGUGGGGGUCUUUUAAAUGUUUGUUUUUCUGUCUUACUUUCCAGUAAUAUCUUUUGUGCUGAAAGACAAAAGCUGAACAUUGCUUUUUGUUCCUUUCUGUGUGGCAGUAGUAGUGAAAAUUAAAGCUAUUUAUUGAGCUUCCAUCGCUGGGCAGAAUUUCUUUGUGCUUAUUUAAAGAUGAGGUAUUUUAUAUAUCUGUUACUACAAUUGUAAAACAUACUGAAACCUCAAUUGAAAACACAAAGCUAUAGAGUUAAAAUGCAUGGAAUCAGAAUUUCUUAACCCAGAUAAUACAGUUUUGCAAAAUAAUUGCAACUGAAAAUAAAUUAGGUUUUGUUUUCUUGAAAGUAGGAAGGUUCUUUUGAUCUUACACUUCUGUAUUUUUUUUGUGUGUCCUUGAACAUGAAAUAGUCCCUCCAUCUGUUCCCUCAUUUUCUUUCUUGCCAGUAUCUUCCCCAAGUUUUUGUAAAGAACAUUGAAAUACUGCCAAAUUGUUACCAAAAGAUAUAGUCCAGGUUGACCUGUAGUUAAAAUUACACAAUGGAGUUCUUCUGACUGCCAGAAAGAAUUAAAAGUUUGUGUUUGAAAGAAUGUGACUUUGUGACUUGUGUUUAGAUUCCUAGAUAUAAGUGUAGCAGUUAGGUGAAUGUCUACAAAUUGCUUCCAUGAGUAAAAGUAGAAGCAGCUAUUGAGCUAUUUAGAUAAAUCAAAUGCCACAGAUAAAAAAGAGGAGCUAGGUUUUGAAAUCUGUGUAAGUGAAAAUACAUCAAAACAAAAGCAUGCUUAGCUGAAGUGAGACUUGAAAUAAGCCAAAAGAAUUCACUUCUUGUGUAGUAGGUAGCUAAUAAUUACAGUGGACUCCCAAGUCUUUUUAAGCAGCAUAGAAAAAAUAUUUUUUAAUUUGGUAUCAUGAAGCCUGCAAAAUAUUAGUAGUGUUGAAGGUGAUAUCAAUAUCUAUUUUCAGCUACAUAUUUUUUCACCCCCAAAUACGUACUUUUUGGGAGGAAUAUUGGUGACUGAAUUGCCAUGAGGUAUACUGUUCUAUUUAAUAAGAAAUAAAUAGGCUUAGCCCAUACAGUUGUAGACGUUAAUUUAGAGUGUUCUUACAGAAUGUGGUCUGUAUAUAAGUGUAGAAAGCCUUUAUAUUUUAGGAUAUUUGUCAAGAAUAAUAGUGUAAGGUAAGAGAUGAAAUGUUUUCUUUGAGAGUAAUUGCUAAGUCAGAUAUAGGCGGUUUGUCUAAGUUUAAUCAACAGCUUUUUAUCAUUUUCUGCUAGAUGGAGAAAUACUCAUUUGCAGUAAAAUAGUUGACGCAAAAAAUGACAUGAAACCAAGGUAUUUUUACUGGGAAACUACUUUAUUAGCAUUUUGAGCCUUUGAAUUUUUCUUUAAAGGCUUUUUACAUUUCUCAGUGAUAGACUAUAACAGGCUAAUGUUAGGUAGCUAAUAUGUAUUUCUCCAAGCAAUAAGCAAUAUUGCUAUGAAAAAAUAAUUUUACGCCUCUUCAUGUGCUGUAUUUGUUUUGUAUUUUACAGUUCUUUGGCUUUCCAGCUCAUAAUAAUUGCUGUUUUUUGCAUGGCUCGGCCUCUUUUUGGUGUGAUUUGUUUUCAGAAGUAUAGCAAGUGUUUAGUAAACUUACAAACAUCAAACAAUUGGCAGUUAAUUUUCAGUCUUGGGUGUUGACUUCUGCAAAUAGAAAAUUUAAAAUCUGUAAGCAUGUUGUGCGUUAGUAUAUCUCUGCUUACUGCUUCUUUGAUUGAUUCCUGUUCAAUAAACUAAUUCUUAUUCUUUCUGUAACUGCUUUUACCUUUAUUUCCCUUCUACCACUCACUCUUUUUCUCUUCCUAGUCCCAUAUUUUGUCUAACUUCCAGUGAGAGAAGAAAAGGAGUGAAGAGAGAGAAGAGGGUUUGUGGAUGCACUUAGAUGUUUGCAAUGAGCACUGUGGCUGGCAUGCCCCAGUGUUUUGGAUACCAAUGCAUAGGACUCCGUAGUAAUCGAAUUUAUCAGAAACGAACGUCAUGAGCAUAGUGAUCCCAUUGGGGGUUGACACAGCAGAUACUUCUUAUUUGGAAAUGGCUGCAGGCUCAGAACCAGAAUCUGUAGAAGCUAGCCCUGUGGUAGUUGAAAAAUCGAACAGUUACCCACACCAGUUGUAUAGCAGCGGCUCGCAUUCACACAGUUACAUUGGUUUGCCCUAUGCCGACCAUAACUAUGGUGCUCGGCCUCCUCCAACGCCUCCAGCUUCUCCUCCUCCAUCCGUGCUUAUAAGCAAGAAUGAAGUAGGCAUAUUUACCACUCCCAACUUUGAUGAAACCUCCAGUGCUACUACCAUCAGUACAUCCGAGGAUGGAAGCUAUGGAACGGAUAUUACCAGAUGCAUUUGUGGCUUUACACAUGAUGAUGGAUAUAUGAUCUGUUGUGACAAAUGCAGUGUCUGGCAGCACAUUGACUGCAUGGGGAUUGACAGACAGCAUAUUCCUGACAUUUAUCUGUGUGAACGUUGCCAACCCAGGAGUUUAGAUAAAGAAAGAGCAGUGCUGUUGCAGCGAAGGAAAAGGGAAAAUAUGUCAGAUGGGGACACCAGUGCAACGGAGAGUGGUGAUGAGGUUCCUGUGGAACUAUAUACUGCUUAUCAGCAUACACCAACAACAAUUACUUUAACUGCUACAAGAGUUACAAAAGUCAAUGAUAAGAAGAGGAAAAAAAGUGGAGAGAAAGAACAGAACAUAGGAAAAUGUAAAAAAGCAUUUCGAGAAGGAUCCAGGAAGUCUUCAAGAGUGAAGGGCUCGGCUCCAGAGAUUGAUCCUACUGACAGUUCAAACUUCGGAUGGGAAACUAAAAUCAAGGCAUGGAUGGAUCGUUAUGAGGAAGCAAAUAAUAAUCAAUACAGUGAAGGUGUCCAGAGGGAGGCACAAAAAAUAGCUCUCAGAUUAGGCAAUGGAAAUGACAAAAAAGAAGUCAGCACCAGCAAUCUGAUUUUCAAACCUCCGGUAGAGAGUUAUGUGCAAAAAAACAAGAAAAUUUUAAAGGCUGCCAAAGACUUGCCUCCCGAUGCACUUAUUAUUGAAUACAGAGGAAAGUUCAUGCUGAGAGAACAAUUUGAAGCUAAUGGAUAUUUCUUCAAAAGACCAUACCCAUUUGUUUUGUUUUACUCCAAAUUCCAUGGGCUAGAAAUGUGUGUUGAUGCAAGGACUUUUGGAAAUGAAGCUCGAUUUAUCAGACGCUCGUGUACACCAAAUGCAGAGGUGAGGCAUGUAAUCGAAGAUGGAACAAUUCAUCUUUAUAUUUACUCCAUCCAUAACAUUCCAAAGGGAGCAGAGAUUACCAUAGCAUUUGACUUUGAUUAUGGAAAUUGUAAAUACAAAGUGGAUUGUGCUUGCCUCAAAGAAAAUCCUGAGUGUCCAGUUCUGAGACGUUCUGAGCCUACAGAAAACAUCAAUACUGGAUAUGAAACUAGAAGGAAAAAGGGAAAGAAAGAGAAAGAUGUUUCAAGAGAAAAAGAGACUCAAAAUCAGAACAUCACAUUGGAUUGUGAAGGAGCAGCCACCAAAAUGAAAAUUGCAGAUAAUAAACAGAGGAAGCUCUCUCCCCUCAGGCUGUCCAUUUCCAAUAAUCAGGAACCAGAUUUUAUUGAUGAUAUAGAAGAAAAAACUCCCAUUAGCAAUGAAGUAGAAAUGGAAUCAGAGGAGCAGAUUGCAGAAAGAAAAAGGAAGAUGACAAGAGAAGAACGGAAAAUGGAAGCUAUCCUGCAAGCUUUUGCCAGACUAGAAAAAAGAGAAAAAAGAAGAGAACAGGCUUUGGAAAGAAUCAGCACCGCAAAAACGGAGGUUAAAUCAGAAUGCAAAGAACCACAGAUUCUAAAUGAUGCUGAGUUUAUUCAGGAACCGGCAAAAGAAGAAACUGCCACCAAGCCCACCCCAGCGAAAGUUAAUAGAGCUAAACAGAGAAAAAGCUUCUCGCGGAGUAGAACUCACAUUGGACAGCAGCGCAGGCGACACAGGACCGUCAGCAUGUGCUCAGAUAUUCAGCCCUCCUCUCCUGAUGUGGAAGUAACUUCACAGCAUAACGAAACUGAGAAUGCAGCACUGGUAGCUGAGCCUGAAACAGAAACUGUUGUUACAGAAAUGGUUACUGAAACAGAAGCUCCAGCACUUAGUAAAUGCCCUACUAAGUAUCCGAAAACAAAGAAGCACUUGGUUAGUGAAUGGUUAAGUGAAAAGAGUGAUAAAGCAGGGAAGCCUACAGACACUCUGCCAGAAAGGCCUCUCCGCAUAACCACCGACCCUGAAGUUCUGGCUACUCAGCUGAAUUCUUUACCUGGUCUCACUUACAGUCCCCACGUAUAUUCAACUCCAAAGCACUAUAUCCGUUUUACUUCUCCAUUCCUUUCAGAGAAGAGGAGGAAAAAAGAACCUGUGGAAAACAUUACUGGCUCUUGUAAGAAGCGUUGGUUGAAGCAGGCUUUGGAAGAAGAAAAUUCAACAACAAUUGAUAGAUUUAAUUCACCCUCACAAGAGAGAUCUAGAAGUCCAGCCAUCAACGGUGAACAUAAAAGUCCUUUAUUACUGAAUGACAGCUGUUCCUUAACAGAUCUAACCACACCACUAAAAAAACGAAGACUGUAUCAGCUGUUGGAGUCUGCUUUCUCAGAAACCUCCACACCUACUCCUUCUCCCUAUGCCACACCAACCCAUGCUGACAUCACUGCCUCCGAACCAUCAUUGUUUGCUACUCCUCCAAGGGUGAAAACAGAAGAUGAAGCUUGUCGAAAUGGUUACAAACCCGUAUAUUCACCAGUUACUCCUGUAACUCCAUGUAUACAUGGAAAUACCAUGCACUUUGAGAAUAUUUCCUCACCUGACAGUUCCCCAGAAAUAAAAAGGCGAGCUUACAGUCAAGAGGGUUAUGACAGAGCAUCGAUUCUAGCACUGAAUUCUUUCAGAAAUUCCAACCUGACAGAAAUGGGCCUGCAAGAAAUAAAGACUAUUGGAUAUUCUAGUCCAAGGAAUAGGACUGAUGUCACACGGCAGUGCACUGGAGAAAUGGAAUCUGUGUCAGACCUCCAGCUGGGACUCGAAGUAAUUGAGCAAAGUGCACUGCAUAAAAACCUGGAAGCCCCCACACAUGAUAGGACUGAUUCAAACAGCCAAUUAGAAACUGCUCAUUGUGGACGGGGCACAAUUUAUUCUUCCUGGGUCAAAAGUCCUGACAGGACAGGUGUAAAUUUCUCAAUGAAUUCUAAUUUGAGGGACUUGACCCCUUCACAUCAGUUGGAGGUAGGAGGUGGAUUCAGAAUAAGCGAGUCAAAGUGCCUGAUUCAAGACGAUGCAAGAGGCAUGUUCAUGGAAGCAUCUGUUUUUUGUACUUCAGAAGAUGGAAUUGCACCUGGCUUUGGAAGGACUGUCAAUAACGACAAUUUGAUGGAUGGAAAUUGCACACCCCAGAAUCCUCCACAAAAGAAAAAGGUGUCCUUGUUAGAAUACCGUAAGAGGCAACGUGAAGCUCGAAAAAGUGGUUCAAAGACAGACAACUUCCCCCUGGUUACUGUAUCUCCUCAUGCUGCUGGUGGAGGAAAUACAAGUAGUAAUAAUGGUGCUAGUGAUGGGUAUAACAACAGUGGAGAAAAUGGGGAGCAAACUGAUAACACUGCAAGCCUGCCUUUACCACUGCCAACUACUGUUUAUAAUGCAGCUCCAGAAGACACUGGCAACAACUGUGCAAUUAAGGAAUCUUCCUCCAGUGAGAAGAGUGAACCUGAAGUUCAGUGGACUGCAUCAACCUCUGUGGAACAAGUGAGAGAACGAAGUUACCAGAGAGCUUUACUUCUCAGUGAUCAUAGGAAAGACAAGGACAGUGGGGGAGAAUCACCCUGUAGGCCAUGUUCACCGUCUCAUGUUCAGUCUCCAUCUCAUUCAAAUCUCAUUUCCCAGUUGCAGCUUAAGGUCCCUUCUUUCACUGAGAUUACGGAAGAACCUGAUUCUGAAAAUCCGGAGCCAACUUCUGAAUGUCCGUCCCCAGAUACUUCACAAAGGACUUGUAAGAGUCCAUCAAAAGCAAGCAAGCCCUCUUCACCGAGUCCUGUAGUUUCAGCACAGCCACUUGGGAAAACACCCUCAAAACCAGAUUCGCACUGGGAAACUGCAGCUAAUGCACCUGAGUCUGAAUGUGCGAAUCAUCCAAAAUCUGAGGUGCAACAGAAACAGGUGACAAACAACGUCCAAGCACUUUCAAAAAAUCAUCCAUCUCAGUCACAUCUGCGCAGCUCUGCUGAGCAACUUUCACAUUCACAGAAGUUGCCUUCUGCACCUUUGAAGCUGCAUUGCCCCCCUUCGCCUCACGUAGAGAAUCCCCCCAAGUCUUCUACCCCUCAUGCGCCUGUGCAGCACGGUUACCUUUCACCAAAGCCUCACUCACAGCAGCUGGGAUCUCCAUACAGACCUCAUCAUCCACAGUCACCUCAAGUUGGAACGCCCCAGAGGGAAACACACAGAAACUUCUACCCUGCAGCACCGACCCUCCAGCCCAGUAAUCAGGCGCAGGCUAGUGGCCCGCUCUUCACUCAGACAACAUCAGGACAAUCUUCAGCUUCCUACAGCCAGUUUAACCAACAAAAUUUGAACAGCAAUGCGCCACCUCCCCCACCCCCUCCACCCCCUUCUUCUACUUACUAUCAAAGCCAGCAGCCCUCUGGAAACUUUCAGAGCUACAGCCAGCUGAAGGGCAGCAUACCCCAACAGACUGUGUUUUCAUCUGGACCAAAUCAAGCACUUCCUGGCACUGCGGGUCAGCAAACAGUGCCAGGACACCACGUAGCUGCAGGGCAUUUUUUGCCCUCUCAGAACCCCAGUAUUCAUCACCAGGCAUCGGCAUCUGCUGCUCCUCCUCCUCCUCCACCACCCCCUGCUCCAGGUCCCCACCUUGUCCAGCAGCAAAGUACUCAUCAGCAGCACUCUGUAGCACAUGUUGUUGGUCCAGUUCACGCCAUGGCAGUGGCUCCUGGAUCACACAUUCAUUCUCAAGCUGCUGGUCACCAUUUGCCACCACCACCUCCACCACCAGGUCCUCUCCCCCACCACCAACCUCCCCAUCCUUCCACGGGACACCAAGGUUUGCAAGCACAACACCAGCACGUUGUAAACUCGGCACCGCCUCCCCCGCCGCCCCCUCCCUCCAACGUGAUCGGCUCGGGGCACCACCCCGCAUCAGCACAAGGGUUACACCACCCAUCGCAUCAAGGACCCCCCCAUUUCCCUUCCAAUGCUCACACAAGCGUCUCCUCCUACUCCUCGCAAGCCUCACAUCACACAACGUUAGGACCUGGACCUCAACAUCAGCCUGCUGGCACAGGACCUCACUGCCCACUCCCUGGUCAGGGUCCUCACAUCCAACCUCAAGGACCAAACAGUAUUGCAACACCUACUGCUUCCGGGUUCUGCCCUCACCCCGGCUCCGUGACCCUUCCCCACGGAGUGCAAGGGCAGCAGCAGGCCUCGCCCGUGCCAGGACAGAUCCCCAUCCACAGAGCACAGGUGCCACCCACCUUUCAGAACAAUUACCAUGGGUCAGGGUGGCAUUAA